GCUCAAUCCUCGUGCUUGACGCCGCCGCAGUAUCACCUUUAUAGAGUAUUCGAGGACCGGGGAAACAGUCUCGAACCAGACCAACUCAUAUACAGCGCUUCACCUGAAUCCAAGCAAGAGAUUCGGUCCCCAGAGUCUCAAGAUUCGUCCGCCUGUCAUCCAUCUCGCUGAUCCCUCGUCCGUCAACAUGGGUAGUCGGCCCGAGAUGUUCCCAAGCGAGCCCAUCGCCAUUGUGGGCAGCAGCUGCCGUCUCCCAGGUGGCGCGAACUCGCCGUCCCGGCUGUGGGAACUCCUGGAGACGCCUCGCAACGUGGUGCAGCAAAUACCAGCAAGCCGCUUCAACACGGAAGCAUUCUACCAUGCAGACAGCCAGCACCAUGGAAGCACAAACGUCAAGCACGCAUACCUCCUUGAUGAAGAUCCCCGCGGCUUCGAUCGCGACUUCUUCUCGAUUAACCCCAAGGAGGCCGAGGCCAUGGACCCCCAGCAACGACAGCUCCUCGAGACGGUGUACGAAGGCAUCGAAUCGGCCGGAUACUCGAUGCAGCAGCUCCGAGGCUCGUCUACAGCCGUAUUUGUCGGCUGUAUGUUCUACGACUACCAGUACACAGCGGUCCGGGGUAUCGACAGCCUGCCCCAGUACCACGCGACAGGAACCGGGUCAUCGAUCUUGUCCAAUCGGGUGUCGUACUUUUACGACUGGCGCGGCCCAUCAGUGACCCUGGACACGGCCUGUUCAUCGAGUCUGGUCGCCCUGCAUCAGGCAGUCUGUGCUCUCCGGAGCGGCGAGGCUAACAUGGCUGUUGCGGCCGGCUCGAAUCUGAUUCUGGGCCCCGAACCCUUCAUCAGCGAGUCCAAGCUCAACAUGCUGUCGCCGAAUGGGAGAUCAUUCAUGUGGGACUCGCAGGCAGAUGGGUACACGCGUGGCGAGGGCUUUGGCGUGGUCUUGCUCAAGACGCUGAGCCAGGCCAUCGCCGACGGCGACCACAUCGAGUGCGUCAUCCGCGAGACAGGCGUCAACUCGGACGGCAAGACGCCGGGCAUCACGAUGCCGAGCCACGAGUCGCAGGCGCGGCUCAUCCGGGACACAUACGCCCGAUGCGGACUCGACCCGUCGCGGGCAUCCGAUCGCCCACAAUAUUUUGAGGCUCACGGCACCGGCACGCCGGCGGGCGACCCCAUCGAAGCCCGAGCGAUCCAGAGCGUCUUCUUCCCCCAUGACGGCGGCGACACUGACGUCGAUCAAAACGACCACCGCGAGCUCAUGGUGGGUAGCAUCAAGACCAUCAUCGGCCACACAGAGGGCACGGCCGGUGUCGCGGGGGUGCUCAAGGCGUCGUUGGCCCUGCGGCACGGCCGCAUCCCGGCGAACCUGCACUUCAAGGAGCUCAACCCCAAGAUCCAGCCGUACUACACCAACCUACGCAUCCCGACCGAGACGGUCGACUGGCCCAGCGUCCCUCAGGGAGGCGUGCGGCGAGUCAGUGUCAACAGCUUCGGCUUCGGCGGCACGAAUGCCCACGCCAUCCUCGAGAGCUACGAGGGCAGAAUCGGCGCCCAGGGGGCGGAGGAGGAGGCUGCGGCCGGACCCUUUGUCCUGUCGGCACACUCGAGUGCCGCGCUGGCCGCAAAUGCCAGCGCCCUCGCCCGCCAUCUGCGCGCCGCCGCCGCCGCCGAUGCCCACGCGGACAAGAUGGACCUCACGGCUCUGGCACACACGCUGUUCCGGCGCACCCCGUUCUCCUUCCGCGCCGCGUUCCCGGCCUGCUCUGCGCCCGCGCAGCUCGCCUCCAAGCUCGAGGAGGCCACCAAGUCGCUGGAGCGCCGGCCGGCGGUCACCUCGGUAUUUCCCGAGUCCUUGCCGCCACGGAUCCUGGGCAUCUUCACGGGCCAGGGCGCGCAGUGGGCGACCAUGGGCCGGGAGCUGUACCACGGGGGCAGGGGGUCGGCAACGUCGGCCCCGUUCCGCGCCGCCAUCGACGACAUGCAGCGGAGCCUGGACGCCCUGCCUUUCCCCGAGGACCGCCCGACCUGGCGGCUGGCGGACCAGCUGCUCGCCGAGGGAGAGAUCUCGCGCGUGGGCGAGGCCGCCGUCUCGCAGCCCCUGUGCACGGCGCUCCAGAUCGCCCUGGUGGACACCCUCCGGGCCGCGGGGGUCGACUUCGCCGCCGUGGUCGGGCACUCGUCUGGCGAGAUCGCGGCGGCCUACACGGCGGGCUACCUCACCGCGGGGGAUGCGAUCCGCGUGGCAUACUACCGCGGUCUGCACGCCCGCCGUGCCCAGGGACCGGGUGCGAGUCGCGGCAAGAUGAUGGCCGUGGGGAUGGGCUGGGAGCAGGCGGCCGCCUUUUGCACCGAGGUUGAGUUUGACGGAGCCCUGGUUGCCGCGGCGAGCAACUCGCCGACGAGCUGCACCCUGGCAGGGGAUGCCGAGAUCGUCGACAAGGCUGCUGCGAGGCUGCAGCAGGAGGGCACGUUUGCGCGGGUGCUCCAGGUCGACACGGCGUACCACUCGCAUCACAUGCUGCCCUGUGCCGGCCCUUAUCUCGAGUCGCUCAAGGAAUGCGGUGUCAAGGUGCAGACGCCACCGACGCUGGAGAAGCAGAAACAGCGAUGCAAGUGGUACUCGAGUGUCUGGGACAACGACGACCACCAGGCGGUUGACAGCAGUCGGCUGCUUGAGGGCCAAUACUGGGUCGACAACCUCACGCGGCCGGUGAAAUUCAGCCAGGCACUGGCGCGGGCGCUGGACGAGGACCAUGUCUUUGAUCUGGCGCUCGAGGUCGGACCGCACCCGGCGCUCAAGGGUCCGGCCUUGGAGACGGUCAAGACGUCGACCGGCGGAGCGGUCUCGCUGCCCUACGCCAGCGCCUUGAAGCGAGGCCAGAAUGCCGUCGAGUCCUUCACGGAAGCCCUGGGGACUCUCUGGUCUCUGUUCCCGGCGCCGCCCGGUGGAAAGCCCGUCAUCACCUUUGAGGGCGUGCGUCGGGCCCUGCGACAGGAUUCCCCAACCGCCGACAUGGACAUGGACGAGCUGAGAGUCCUCAAAGGUCUGCCGCCCUACUCGUGGAAUCAUGCCAGCCCCAUCUGGAAGGAGUCGCGGGCCUCGCGGCUCUUCCGCGUCGGCGCUCGCCGUGGCCACCGCCGGCACGAGCUCCUGGGCCACCCUGUCGUGUAUGGUGGUGGCGGUGUACGCGACACCAAGCGAGAGGUGCACUGGAAGCAGGUGCUCAGGCUGCAGGAGCUUCCCUGGCUCGCGGGACAUGUCAUCCAGGGAGAAGUCUUGUUCCCGGCGUCGGGCUACCUGUCCAUGGCGUACGAGGCUGCUCUCCAGCUUGUCGCCCAGAGGCCGGUCCGGCUCGUCGAGCUCCAUGAUGUCGACAUUGUGCGGGCCAUGCGCCUCGAGCAGGACUCUGGGCUGGAAGUGGUGCUGACCGUCCGCGUGACGGGCCAGUCGGACGACUGCAUCUCCGCACAGGUGGCAUGCUACAGCGGACCCGUGGACGCGCCGCUGCCGCUGGACAUGCCGCAGACGGCACUUUCUGCCCACUUUACCGGAGGAGUCCGGCUCUGGCUCGGCCGGUCCGCGUCCGAAGUGCUGCCGCGCCGGGCUGGGGAGGAUGCCAGACCCUUACCGAUGGACGCACUCGACAUGGAGCAGCUCUACUCGAGCCUGGCCGAGGUUGGCCUGCAGUACGCGAGCCCCUUCAAGGCCAAGGCCAUGUUGCGGCGGCUCCAUCGAGCCACGGUGACGUUGUCUUCGCCGCCUAAAGCCUCUGCCCUCCAUGCCUGCAUGCAUCCCGCACCCGUCGACACGGCUGCCCAGGGGCUGCUCGCCGCCUUCUCAUUCCCGGGCGAUGACCGCCUGUCGACUCUGUACCUGCCCACACGGGUCGACUGUGUCCGGAUCGUGCCCCCCAACAGCCGAUUGUCUACGUCUGCGAGCGCGAGCAGCACUGAGAACUUUGAUGAGGACCAGGAGCAGCAGCAGCAACAGCUCACUGCCGACGCAACGGUGACCUCGACGGCCGGCUCCACCAUUGUGGGUGACAUUGACGUGUUCAACGCGGCCGACGAGGUCAAGGUGCAGAUCCGCGGCAUCUGCCUGACCGCGGUCGGCCAGCAGCAGCGUGACGCCUGGCUGUACGCGGGGACGCGGUGGGUGCGAGACGCCGACUCGGGCAUCGAGCCGGAGCGGGCGGCGACGCUGUCGGACGAGCUCAACGUGCAGUACGAGGUGCUGUCCCGGGCGUCCUACUUCUACCUGCGGCAGUUCCGCACCAUCCUGCCCCAGGAGAUGCUCAUCAUGAGCAAGUCGUACAGGCGCAACGUGGCGUGGGCGCUCGAGGUCCUGCUGCCGCAGAUCGAGGCCGGCAAGCACUCGGGCCUGCCGGGGUUCAAGCAAGAGUGGAAGGACGACACGCCCGAGAUGAUCGAGGCGCUGCGGCAGGAGAGCAUCGGCAGCCAGAAGAGCGACGAGGAGCGGUACCACUGCGAGAUGCACUGGGACUUCCUGCGGUCUGUCGGGGACAAGCUCAUCUCGGUCGUCCGCAGCAUGACGCCCUGGGUGCGCAUCUGGACAAGCCACCAGCUCGAGUGGGUGUACGCCGACGGCAUCGGCUACAGCGCCGCCAACCGCGACGCGGCCACGCUCGUCGCCCAGCUCGCCCACCGGUUCCCGCGCCUCAACAUUGUCGACGUCGGCGCCGGCACCGGCGGCACCUCGGGUGCCGUGCUCCGGGCCCUCCAGGAGCAGCUGCUGCCGUACGCGGCCUACAACUACACCGACAUCUCGGCCGACGUCCUCGACCGGGCCCGCGUCCUGCACGGCCACCACAGGAACGUGACCUUCAAAAAGCUCGACAUCGACAAGGACCCGGCCGCGCAGGGUUUCCCCGACGGGAGCUUCGACCUCGUCAUCGCUUCCAAGAUCCUCCACAAGCUCAAGUCCCUGCCGGACGCGCUGCGCCGGUGCCGCCAGAUGCUCCGCCCGGGGGGCCAGCUGAUCCUGCUCGAGCCCACCGACGACUUCCUCAUGUCGCAGAUUGUCAAGCUGGCCCUGCCCGACUUCUUUGUCGGCCUCGACGACGGCCGCGUCAACGGUCCCACCGUCGACCUCGAGCGCUGGGACCAGCUCCUCCGGGAGACGGGGUUCGCGGGCGCCGACAGGACCAGCACGAGGACCGUCUCGUACUGCUCCGUGAUUGUGGCGCACGCCGUCGACGACACGGUCCAGCUCCUGCGGGAGCCGCUUGCCGCCGCGCCCGAGGCUUUGGCACCGUCGCUUGGCGGCAGUGACGUCUUCAUCGUGACUGGGGCUGGCGGCGGUGGUGGUGGUGCCGUCACUUCCAGUCUCGCAGCCCAGUGUCAGGAUAUCUUGCAGGCCGCCAUCACCACGUCUUCUUCCAAGACGGCAGUCGUCACCAUCAUUCCCGGUCUCGAGGCCGUGAACACGACCCACAACAUCACCCCGGGCUCGACCGUGCUGUGCCUGGCCGAGCUGGACUGUCCCGUCUUCUCUCAGACCGGCGCCGCCGACGACCAAGAGGGCGAUGAUGCUGUGGUUGUGGCGCAGCGUUUCCGCGGACUGCAGCAACUGAUGGCGACGGCCGGGUCCGUCCUGUGGGUGACGACGGGCGCCCGCUCCGGCCGCGACCCCUGCGCCAACAUGGUCGUCGGCAUGGGCAGCACGCUGCGGGCAGAACGCGGCUCGUCACUCCGGCUGCAGUUCCUCGAUGUCGAGAAGCCCUCGGUCCUGCUUGAGUCGUCGUCGUCGUCGUCGUUAUCGCAUGGGGGCCCGGCCUUGCUGACCACGAUGCUCCUCCGUCUCGCCAUCUUCGACCCGGCAAAAAGCCGGGAGGACGUGCUCUGGACGCAGGAGCCCGAGCUGGGCCUGAGCGAGGCGGGCGCGCUCUACAUCCCCCGCGUGCUGGCGCUCGACGGGCCAAACCAGCGGAACGCCGCGCGCCGACGCAGGGUGACGCAACAGGUCGUCUUGCCUUCUCCGUCGUCCCCGUCUCCGUCCCCGUCUCCGGGCCCGGCUGUCGUGCUAGAGCGCGGUCAGGAGGCGGCGUCAUGGGAGCUCAAGACAGCCGAGCCGCUGCAAGUAAUCGCAUCUUCCCUGCAGCGAUUCACUUGCAGCGAUGCCGGCUCGGCUUCAGCAGCAUUGUGCUAUGUCUGCGUCGGCCGAGACGUGGCAUCCGGCGAGAAGGUCGUCGCCCUGUCCCAAGUAAACGGCUCCCUCGUCUCCGUAGCCAGGGAACACCACGUCCUGCGGCGCUGGCCACAGUCUGACAAAGGGGACGCGGACAACGACAACGACGCGGCAUGGCUGCAGACGUUCCUCGCGCGGGCGUGUGCCAGCCGCCUGCUUCUUGGCGUCCACGGGCCUGCGUGGAUCCACGGCGCUCCGGGGCAGCUCGGCGAGGCUCUCGACGUGGUGGUCCGCGAGAAGGGCAUCGCCGUCUUCCAGACCACGUCGGCCGCCAGCGCAGCAGGCGUGGCGACGGCGACGUUUGUGCACCCUUACGCGCGGGAGGAUGACUUGCUCGGUCUCCCGCUGCCCGAGGGCCUGCGGACUUUUGUCAAUCUCUCUACAAGUCAGAGUGGUGCUGCCGCCAAGGCCAUGUGCUCUGCCCGCUCGGUCGCGGUCAAGCAGGUUGACUGGGCUGAUCUGAUGGCCGGCUUCGAGAUCCACGAUCUAAACCAUCUCGCCAAGGGCCAUGACCUCGUCAAGAACAGUGGCAGCUCCGGCGAGAGCAACUUAGUGACGCUUGAGCAGGUUUCGGCCGGCCUACUGCCCGUCGAGCAGCAGCUCUCACCCACCGCUGUCGUGGACUGGUGCGCAGCCGAAACCGUCACCGCCGCCGUCUCGCCACUAGAGCACGCCGGGCUGUUCUCCGCCGACAAGACGUACCUCCUGUGCGGCAUGACGGGCGACAUGGGCAUCUCGGUGUGCCUGUGGAUGGUCGAGCACGGCGCCCGCCACGUGGUGCUCAUGAGCCGGAACCCGAGCAUCUCGCCUCGCAUCCUGGGCCACAUGGCCAGCAGGUUCGGCGCCGAGGUGCGCCCCAUGGCUGUCGACAUCACCAACCUCGCCGGCCUGCGGGCCGCCGUGGCGUCCAUCAAGGCCGACGACAACAACAUGCCCCCGAUCGGCGGGGUCAUGAACGGGGCCAUGAUCCUGCGCGACCGGCUCUUCCAGAACAUGCCGUGGGACGACUUCGCCGCCGUGCUGGGGCCCAAGGUCGCCGGGUCGCGCAACCUGGACGCCGUCCUGAGCGAGGACGAAGAGCAAGGGGAUAAACAGCAGCCGCUCGACUUCUUCAUCUGCCUCUCGUCCAUCACGUCCAUCGCCGGCAACGUGGGGCAGUCGGCCUAUGCCGCCGCGAACCAGUACAUGACGGGCCUGGUGCGGCAGCGGCGCCGUAGGGGGCUGGCCGCGUCGGUGCUGCACAUUGCCAUCCUGACGGGCUUUGGGUACAUCCACCGCAGCGACGCCGCGCACGCCGAGACCAUGAACCGGGCCCUCCGGACGCGGUACAAUAACCAGGCCGAGCCCGAUCUGCACGCGAUGCUGGCCGAGGCUGUCGUCAGUGGCCGUGUCCGCGACGAUGACAGUAGUGGCGGUGGUGAGCUCAUCACGGGCCUGCGCACCGUGUUCGACGGCGAGAAGCAGCAGGCCCAAGACCCUCGUUUCGCACGCUAUCUCAGAGACGAGGCCGACGAUGACGGAGACGCCAGCGCAGCAGCGCGUGGUGGUGCGGGAGCAGCGGCGAUGAGCGUGCAGGCACAGCUAGCCGAGGUUGGCACCGCCGCUGCCGGCGACAACGAUACCACGGCCAAGCAGAGGGCGGUGCUGGAGAAGGCCUUCGCCGUCGCCCUGGGCAGGCUGCUCGACAUGGACCCGGACGCGAUCGACCCGGCCCGCCCCGUCGCCAGCCUGGGCGUCGACUCGCUCGUGGCGAUCCGCAUCCGCGAGUGGAUGCUGCGCGAGAUGGGCGUCGACGUGUCCGUCAUCAAGGUCAUGUCCGACACGUAUCCCAUGUCGCGCAUGUGCGACGACGUCUUGGUCAGCUGGCGCAAGCAGCAGAAGAAGGAUUAGGGUGUGUCAGCUCGAUAGGUAACCGGAGGCUCUGGGUUGCUUUUGGUCAAGAUUCAUUGUUUGGGUUGAACGGAGUGGUGGUGGGACUUGGCAUAGGGAUCUGGUAAUCGGAGGACGAGGUGCCUGGAUUUGUUGCUGAUUAUAGACACUCUCUGAUCACAGUGGUCAAGGCGUGCAGAGGAAAUCGGGGCUGUACUUUUGGAGUUUGGCGUCGGCGUUACUACUAGGUCCUAUCUCGUCUUUCUCCUUGAAUGCCAAUCGCCACUUUACUCUGUUAUCAUACUCC